CCGGGGUGUCCCCGCGGCGCCCAGUUCUGAGGAGGAGCAGAAAUAAAGGCUCAGUGACUGCCAGUUCUGUCCUGGAGCCCACUUGCCUCUCGGAAUCCCCACUGACUGGCUUGUGCCUUCCCCAAGAUGGACACGUCGCCAGCACUGCUCAUCGUGCAAGCCUCGCUGCUACUCUCCGUGGCUCACAGUGCCACCCCUGCCCUGCGCUUUGUGGCUGUGGGUGACUGGGGAGGUGUUCCUAAUGCCCCAUUCCACACGGCCCGGGAGAUGGCCAAUGCUAAGGAGAUUGCCAGGACUGUGCAGAACCUGGGUGCAGAAUUCAUCCUAUCGUUGGGGGACAACUUUUACUUCACUGGUGUGCAGGAUGCCAAUGACAAGAGGUUCCAGGAGACCUUUGAGGAUGUGUUCUCUGACCGCCCUCUUCGCAAUGUGCCCUGGUAUGUGCUGGCUGGAAACCAUGACCACCUUGGCAACGUGUCGGCACAGAUUGCCUACUCCAAGAUCUCCAAGCGUUGGAAUUUUCCUAGCCCUUAUUACCGCCUGCGCUUCAAGAUCCCACGUACCAAUGUGUCUGUGGCCAUUUUCAUGCUGGACACUGUGACAAUAUGUGGCAAUUCAGAUGACUUCCUCAGCCAGCAACCUGAGAGGCCCCGAAACCUGGCAGUGGCCCGCACACAACUGUCCUGGCUCAAGAAACAGCUAGCAGCAGCCAAGGAAGACUACCUGAUUGUGGCUGGCCACUACCCUGUGUGGUCCAUAGCCGAGCAUGGGCCCACCCGCUGCCUGGUCAAGCAGUUGCGACCCCUGCUGGCCAUGUAUGGGGUCACGGCCUACCUGUGUGGCCAUGAUCAUAAUCUGCAGUACCUGCAGGAUGACAACGGUGUGGGCUAUGUGCUCAGCGGGGCAGGAAACUUCAUGGACCCCUCUACACGGCACCAGCGCAAAGUCCCCAAUGGCUACCUGCGCUUCCACUAUGGGUCCGAGGAUUCACUGGGUGGCUUUGCCUACAUGGAGAUCAGCCCUAAAGAGAUGAGCAUCACUUACAUUGAGGCCUCGGGCAAGUCCCUUUUCAAGACCAGCCUGCCAAGGCGACCCAGGCCCUGAACACCUAUGAGACACCUGGCCUGAGGCAGAAAGAGAUCGCCACUGCUGGUGGGUGGGUCCCAUGGGAACCUUGGGGCAAGCUUUGUCUUGGGUCAGUGGUGCUGGCCACAAAGAGGAGCUGUGACACUAUGUGGUCCCCCUGGCACAGAUGCUCCCAUAUAUGAAACAGGCAUGGACAUGUGUCCCAGUGGCAGUGCCACUCCCUGUGGCUGCAGCUUGGAGACUAGGAGGCAGGGAGGGAAAGCAUCCUCCUGAAUCAAGCAUCUUUCUUCUCUGACAUUCAAUAAAAGAAUAGUUGC